AAUCUAGCAUUCAUUCAUCUAUUCAACACAUCCAAAUUUAAGUUUUAAACAAAGCAACAAAAAAAAAACAUCUGUUGGAAAUGGCGAAGGAAAACCAACCAAAGAUCUGGGAUCACGGAAAAUGGGACUCGGGAGCAAUCGAUAAAUACAACAACAUACCGCGCAUACAGAAGGAGCUGCGCCGUGGCAACUGGGUCUACAUCUGCCAACAUCCAGAGAUUCGCGCCAUCAUUCGGGUCAUUCUGCAGCAGGCGAUCAAUGCGAAACCCCAUCCUGAAAACAUUCGUAAGUUUGUGGCCGAUUUCUUUAAUUGCUGUCGCACUCCGCUGCUGGUGCCAAUGGUGAACACGCAGUUGAAGUACGUCAAGGAGCAGCUGGCGCGUGGUCGCUGGAGUGCUUUUGAUGCCGAGAUGCUGUUCAUGGAGACCUGCUCCACGCACUCGCUCCUGUCUGCUGCCUCCGAGGAUAGCAAUGUCCACCCCAUUCUAACCUACGCGCUCGUCUUCAAGAAACCCGAUGAGUGUGGCAUUGAUAAACCGCCAUUCUAGGACUCGGAGCGGCUCAAUGGUUAAUGAUAAAGAAGACAGGCUAGGAAGAGGGCAUCAAGGGGACGCAUCGUGGCUUUUCUGUGCGCUAACUUUUAGUUGACUGUAUCUUUGAGUGUACAUGAUAACUGUAUACUUCUUUUGUUUCUUUACCUAUGUAUGUAUAAUAUUUACAUAUACCCACAUAUUUACACAUGUCUGAGGCCUGGCCAUACUCUAUUUAUAAAUGAAGUAAAUUCACUAACAAAAAGCAAUAGG